GGAGGGAACUUCCGUUCUUUGUUCUGUCCCCGGUGUGUGGGUCUGUGACAGGGUCCGACGGGGCCUGGUCGGUGUCCGGCCCCCCGAUCUUCCCGUCCCUGCCCCCAGGUCCUACAUUAGCAUUGGCAUCAACUAAAGUCAGAAUUCCCAAGAACUUGAACAGAGGCUGCCAAGUUCCCAAUAAUUGAUACUCUGGCCUUUUAGAGACCAACUCCAGAGAAGGAAGGAAAGAAUCCAGGAGUGGUUAGGAAUCUGCCUGCCAAUGCAGGGGACACAGGUUCGAGCCCUGGUCCAGGAAGAUCCCACAUGCCGCAGAGCAACUAAGCCCAUGCACCACAACUACUGAGCCUGCGCUCUAGAGCCCGCCGAGCCACAACUACUGAGCCCACGUGCUGCAACUACUGAGCCCAUGUGCUGCAACUACUUAAGCCCACACGCCUAGAGCCCGUGCUCCACAAUAAGAGAAGCCAACUCAAUGAGAAGCCCGCGCACAUCAACAAAGAGUAGCCCCGCUUGCCACAACUAGAGAAAGCCCGCGUGCAGCAACGAAGACCCAGUGCAGCCACAAAUAAAUAAAAUUUUAAAAAAAUUAUCUUUGAACCUUGAACUUUUCCUUCUACAGUGCUUCCUCAUUCUCAUUCAAAACCUGCUUCCUGCUGACUGCAAAUAGGAGACCAGAGAUCCGAGCUUCAAGCCCGACCCAUGGAAACUCAGGCUGAUCGAGUAUCUCAGGAACCUCAGGCCCUGCUUGAGAGUGCUCUUCCUUCCUCAAAAGUUCCUGCAUUUUCCGGCAAGGACAGUCUGGGGGAUGAGAUGUUGGCAGCUGCUCUGCUAAAGGCCAAGGCCCAGGAGUUGGUGACCUUUGAGGACGUGGCUGUGUAUUUCAUCCGGAAGGAGUGGAAGCGUUUGGAGCCUGCCCAGAGGGACCUCUACAGGGGCGUGAUGCUGGAGAACUACGGGAACGUGUUCUCCCUGGACGGGGAGACCAGAACUGAACAUGAUCCAGAAAUUUCUGAAGAUACAGGAUCACACGGGGUGCUAUUGGGAAGAUUCCAAAAGGAUAUUUCUCAGGGUCUUAAGUUUGAAGAAGCCUAUGAACAAGAAGUCAGUCUGAAGAGGCAGCUGGGGAGCUCCUCUGGAGAGAGACUGAAUAGGAAGAUACAGGAUUUUGGUCAAGUGACAGUUGAGGAAAAGCGAAGCCCCAUGGGAGGGAGAAGUGAGAAAUACAGCAACCUGGGGAACAGCUUCACUGUGAGUUCCAACCUUAUUUCCCAGCAGAGACUUCCUGUGGGAGACAGACCCCAUAAGUGUGAUGAAUGUAGCAAGAGCUUUAAUCGAACUUCAGACCUUAUUCAGCAUCAGAGAAUCCACACCGGGGAGAAACCCUAUGAAUGUAGUGAGUGCGGGAAGGCCUUCAGCCAGAGCUCACACCUUAUUCAGCAUCAGAGGAUCCACACUGGGGAGAAACCUUACGAAUGUAACGACUGUGGGAAGACCUUCAGCUGCAGCUCUGCUCUCAUCCUCCACCGGAGGAUCCACACUGGAGAGAAACCCUAUGAAUGUAACGAGUGUGGGAAAACCUUCAGCUGGAGCUCCACCCUCACUCACCACCAGAGAAUCCACACUGGAGAGAAACCCUAUGCUUGUAACGAGUGUGGGAAGGCCUUCAGCAGGAGCUCCACCCUUAUUCAUCACCAGAGGAUCCACACUGGAGAGAAGCCUUAUGAAUGUAACGAGUGUGGGAAGGCCUUCAGCCAGAGCUCACACCUCUAUCAGCACCAGAGGAUCCACACUGGAGAGAAGCCCUAUGAAUGUAUGGAAUGUGGAGGGAAGUUUACCUAUAGCUCAGGCCUUAUUCAGCAUCAAAGAAUCCACACAGGGGAGAAUCCCUAUGAAUGUAGUGAGUGUGGGAAAGCCUUUAGGUACAGCUCAGCUCUUGUUCGCCACCAGAGAAUUCACACUGGAGAGAAGCCUUUGAAUGUAAUGGGAGUGAGCAAAAGUUCUCUCCGAGUUACUGCUGAAUUAAAUAUCAGAGAGUCUACGUGAAAGAGAGCCACACGCCUGUUUUCCUCACUUCCUCUGAGUUUCAAGAGCUCCUGCCUUACUAUAUAAGUAUGAACAAUUUGGGACGUGUCCCUCCCGACUCCAUCCUUUCGCCUUAGAGAAUGGGGCAUAUUGGGCAAAUCAUCCUGGCACAGCGGUUAGCAACCUAGUCAGUUUUCCCAGGAAUGACACCAGCCUUGAAAAAUUAGGGUGCAAGCAGCAGAUUAAGUGCUGGGAGUAGAGGGAAGCUCUGGGACCAGUCUCCUUCCACUUGGGAAGGGAGUUUGCACUAGACCAUUUUUCUCACACCAUUUCCAAGGUGGGGAUGGAAGCACAAUAGGAAUAAAAUUCCAAGGAUUCCUCUAAUUGGAGUCAGCAUAGUCAGCACAGAAGAAAGUGGAAAGAAUGUUCUGGGUCAUGUUUCUGCUAGAAAGGGGAAAUGGAAGCUGUAUUUCAAAGCCACUGCUUCUAAUCCAGCUUUAAAUUUUGAUAAGGAAUGUGCUAUUUUGUUUCAUGACUUCAUUAAUUAUGGAAAUCUGGUGCUGAGGGAUUUGUUAUUUUGUUGGGCAUGGGGGAAGACCCCAAGAGAGGUUUUCUGUAGUGACUGUAUAUCCUUCAGGGCUCUUGGAGCAGCAAGACCAAGUGUCCAAGAGCAGUCUGACGAUUUGGGUGGAGAGCUCACUCUUCCCUUUUGUGACAGUGAGUCUAACAGGAAGGAAAGGAUCAAAAGCAUUUAGCACUGGCCUCUGUCUCGUUCCCUCCUCUCUCCCUCUUCCUCCUGCCACUCCUGUGAUGGAAAGUGAUUUAAUCUAAACCCCUAGCAACUAAGGACACUUUUAGGAUCUUGCUCGGCCAGCUUGCCCUGCCCUCUGAUACCGAUGACCUCUGACAUCUGGCCUCAGCAGCCUGACCUCUCCCGACCCCACCUCUGACUUCAACAGCCAAGUGUGAAUGCAGAGAGCACAGCCCAGAGGAGGAAGCUCAGGUCUGAGCCUGGCAUCAGGGCUCCUUGCUGGCUUAGGAUGGAGCUCCCCGAGUUUUCCCAGCUGAAGGGAUGACCUUUCAUUAUAUUUUCCAAAUCCUGCUCAUCCUGUAGCAUAAAUCAAAUGCACUAUUAAACAGAAUAGUUUUUCAGAAGGACAGAUGGAGUGUGUUUUUGUGCAGGGGCCAAAUUUAUUUCCGUUUAAACAAGAAACUUUAGUGACUGUAAAUGGAAUCUUUAAAAAUUAAUCUUUAAAACUUUUUACAGACAGCGAUUUCUCUUCUAGUCUCAAAUCUGUGACCUCUCUCCCUUGACUCUGUCCUUUCCUCUGCAGAGUGCCACAGACUGUCUCAUUUACACAGCCGCUUACAAAUUCGUACCCACCUUUAGGAUUUCAUGUGCUGCACGGCAUUCUGUGUUGCACGAUACUUAACACCAGCAACCAGAACUAGAAAGGUGUUUCUGAGUAUGGGGUUCUUGACAAGAGCAUACUUGGAUGUGGGGUAACAGUAGGCAUAUUGAGGGAAUUCCCUAGUGGCCCAGUGGUUGGGACUCGGUGCUCUCAUUGCCAGGGCCCCGGGUUCCAUCCCUGGUCGGGGAACUAAGAUCCCACAAGCAGCAUGGCUUGGCCAAAAAUCGCCCCCCCC